ACCUGUGGGUUAUGGGCCCACCACGCUUCCGCUGCGCCACUCUGAUCUUGCUGUUAAAGUUUUCUUAAGAUAUAUAUUUAAAGCAGCUUUCGCUUCGCCAUGUAAAGUUUGAACUUUUGAUGCUGCUUCUGCAAGGAACAACAGCUCAUCUUUUCCUCACUUCAAUUCAACGCUUACAUUCCCACCAACAGCUUUUUACUCUUCGACAUUGAAGGGGUUAUCAGUUUCAUCAGCAUUUGGAAGCACGGGACAUGGGAAGAACUAGAGGCAAGAACCUCCUAUUGAUCAUUUCUGCGAUUCUGUUCCUGUCCCGAGAACUGGCUUUCCCUCCAGUUCUCGCCGACCUGGAUGAAGACAAGCGUGCCCUGCUCGACUUCCUUUUGGGAACGCGUCACGCCCGUGCCCUUAACUGGAGACAGGACACUCCCGUCUGCGAGGCUUGGACCGGGGUGACCUGCUCAGAUGACCGGUCUCGGGUAGUAUCUCUACGACUUCCUGGAAGAGGACUCCGUGGACCAAUCCCGCCCAACACACUCACCCGCCUCUUCAGCAUUCAGGUCCUGAGCCUCCGGUUUAAUUUCUUGUCGGGCCCGCUGCCCUCAGACUUCUCUGUCUGGGAGAACCUCACGGUUCUCGAUCUAUCCAAUAAUGGAUUCAGUGGGAGCAUUCCCGAUUCUAUUUCGAAGUUGACUCAUAUCGCGGCUCUGAAUCUAGCCAACAACUCACUCUCAGGUGAGAUUCCUGAUCUCAACCUGCCUAACUUGAAGUGGAUAAGUUUAGCCAACAAUAAGCUCAAUGGAACCAUGCCAAAGUCGCUCCAGAGGUUCCCGAGCUGGGCAUUUCUGGGAAACAAUCUGGCAUUGGAGGCAUCAGAUUCUGACCAUCGCAUAAAGAUCGAAAAACUUGGUGAACCGGCACUGUUAGGGAUUGCUCUGGGUGCUUGUGCGGUUGGAUUUGCUGUAACCUCCCUCUUGGUGAUUACUUGUUGCUCAAGCAACGGGGUUGACUAUGAAACCUCAUUGGAUUCAAAGGGAGGCUCUUCUGGGAAGAAGCCGAUUAAGCAGAAUCCAACAAGGGAUGACAAGAUCAUGUCUUUUGCCGGUUUCAGUUAUUCCUUGCGGUUCAAGCACCUGCUGAAGCUGCCGGCCGAGGUGCUCGGGAAAGGCACAUUUGGACAUACAUAUAAGGCAGUUCUCAAGGACGGGAAUGAGGUAGCGAUUAAGUGGGUGGCGGAACUCAGUGUCGCUGCAGCCAAGUUCGAGCUGCUCAUGGAGACAGUUGGAACGCUCCGUCAUGAGAAUAUUGCCCCCUUGAGGGCUUACUACUGCUCCAGGGAUGAGAAGAUGUUAGUUUAUGAUUAUUUCAGCGAAGGAAGCGUAUCUUCAAUUCUACACGGCAAAAUAGCAGGUCGACAAAGCCGGCUGAGUUGGGAACGCCGAGUAAAGAUAGCAGUUGGUGCAGCCAGAGGUUUAGCAUAUAUCCACGCACACAAUGGCAAAAGACUGGUGCACGGUAACCUGAAGGCUUCUAACAUCUUCUUAAACACCCAAGGAUUCGGGUGUGUUUCAGACAUAGGGCUUACAACAUUGAUGAACCCGAUGAUGCCAGCAUCACUGCGAGCAGCGGGGUAUCGAGCUCCUGAAAUGUUAGAUGCUCAAAAUGCAUGCCAGGAAUCGGAUGUGUACAGCUUCGGGGUUCUUCUGCUGGAGCUUCUGACUGGAAAGUCGCCGACACACGCCGCAAAGGUCCACCUGGUUAGAUGGGUGCAGUCGGUGGUUCGAGAGGAGUGGAGUGCGGAGGUCUUCGAUCUGGAGCUUCUGAGGUGCCCUAACAUAGAGGACGAAAUGAUAGGGAUGCUCAAGAUAGGGUUGGCUUGUGUUGCUACCACACCAGAGGAGAGACCGAAAAUGGCAGAAGUCCUUGAAAUGGUGGAGACCGUUUAUCAAGCGAAAAGUAAAGAUCAGCCGUCUGUCGAUCAGAAAAGUCCAUUUCAUUUCCCGCAGGCAUAAAAACUGAAAGCAUAUUCUCUACCGUUAGUUUUAAAAUCCUCGAGCAAAGUUCUCCCUUGCUCGACAAUGAUCUAAUCUCAUUCCCCGUGGCUGAUUGUAUCGAUAAAGUAACAUGAUUCCCAUUCUCCUUUACUUACAAAAGUUCUAUAACUUUCGCUCAACAUUCCAAACAACAAAGGAAGAAUCAGCUGCUCAGAAACAAUUUACAUCGAUUAUGUAAAUCAAAUUAUCACGAAAUGUAUUUCGUGGAACAGUUGGUCGACAAUACUAAGAAAAUCUACCUCUCACACCUUUAAAUACACUCUCCCC